UUCAGAAAUCAAACAACAAAAGCAGAGAACUAAAAGCAAAGAGAUGGACAACUACACAAAGGAAGAGAAGAUUGGCGAAGGCACCUACGGCAUCGUCUACAAGGCAACGGACAAGCGCACGGGCGAGUAUGUCGCCAUGAAGAAGAUCCGCCUCGAGUCGCAGGACGAGGGCGUCCCGUCCACCGCCAUCCGCGAAAUCUCCCUGCUCAAGGAGCUCACACACAUGAACGUCGUCCCGCUCAAGGAGGUCAUCCACCAGAACAACAACCUCUACCUCGUUUUUGAGUACCUCAACCACGACUUCAAAAAGUUCCUCGAUGGCUGCGGAAAGGGCGGUCUUAGCGAGAUGCAGAUGCAGAGGUAA